UGUCACCCCACCUUUUUGUCUUUCUAGAAAAAUCUCAUCUUUGGUCUUAGAUAGAGGGUUUAAACUAAAACCCAUGGCCAUGGCUUUGAGAACCGCGGUGGCGGCGGCUGCUGCGCCUCGCGGCUUCAGGCGUUUGUUCUCCACUACUUUCACCCCACCUUUCAAUCCUCCUUCAGCCUCUGUGGCUGCUCAGCAGCGCGAAAAGGCGGAGCCCAGCACCAACCUCUUCGUCUCCGGGCUUAGUAAGCGUACUACCACAGAAAAGCUUCAUGAAGCCUUUUCCCAGUUUGGUGAAGUAGUUCAUGCUAAGGUGGUGACUGAUCGGGUAUCGGGAUAUUCUAAGGGUUUUGGUUUUGUGAGGUAUGCUACUCUAGAAGAUGCUGCAAAAGGAAUAGAGGGCAUGGAUGGGAAGUUUCUGGAUGGUUGGGUUAUAUUCGCGGAGUAUGCAAGACCCAGACAACCACCUACCCCACCUGAGAACAAUAUGUAUCCUCCAUAUGGCCAUCAGUGACUCCUCUACUAAAGGGAACAAGUUUGUGAUCCACUGAACUGCCUGGUCUACAAGUAGCAUUUGUGGGUCAUAGUUCUCUAUGUUUCUAAAGUGACAGCAUGGUUUCUCUUCCAUUGCCUAGAAGUUUUCAUGUGGUGGUGGGAUAUUUAGCCUUAUAUGUGAGCCGAUCAGCAGAUUGAACUGAGAAAUAUAUGGAUCUUUAAUUGUUGUAUGUUGCAACUCUAAUGUGCAAGAUUUGGGUUUGCCAUCUAUGAUAAUUUUUGUCAAACUUCCAUUAUUAAUAAUUUUGUGAAAUCUUUUUUAA